AUGAGUGCCUGUGACAUCCUGGAGGACGGUAGCACCAGGGGGUAUUGGCAGUACGCCUACGACGGAAGGGACUACAUCGCCUUGGACAUGGACACGAUGACGUUCACUGCGGCGGAUGCAGCAGCAGAAAACACCAAGAGGAAGUGGGAGGUGGACAGGACUGAAGCUGAGAGGCAGAAGCACUACCUGGAGAACACCUGCACCGAGUGGCUGAGGAAAUACGUGA